AUGGCUGACAAGAAACUUCACCUCACGGCCUUCAUGCGCCCCGUCAGUCUCCACACUGGCGCCUGGCGGUACCCAGACUCCUACGCGGACGCAAACUUCAAUUUGGCGCACCUAAAAUCCUUUAUAAGAAAGCUCGAGGCUGCGAAAUUUGACGCCUUCUUCAUGGCGGAUCAUCUCGCCGUUCUGAAUAUGCCGGUUGAGGCCCUGAAGCGCAGCCAUACCGUCACCUCCUUCGAGCCAUUUACGCUUCUCUCUGCGCUAUCACAGGUCACGGAGAAGAUCGGUCUCGCAGCCACUGCAUCCACCACGUACGAUGAGCCGUAUCAUAUUGCCCGUCGAUUCGCGUCUCUCGACCAUCUGAGUGGCGGUCGUGCGGCGUGGAAUAUCGUCACGACGGCGAACCCCGAGUCGGCCAAGAAUUUCGGUAGAGACGAGCAUCUGGAGCACAGCGAGCGGUAUAAGCGGGCACGGGAAUUCUACGACGUUGUCACCGGCCUCUGGGACAGUUUCGCCGACGACGCCUUCAUCCGAGACAAAGAGAGUGGGAUCUUCUUCGACCCGGAGAAGCUGCACGUCCUCAACCAUCAAGGCGACGACCUGAAAGUCCGGGGCCCGCUGAACAUUGCACGGCCCGUCCAGGGGUGGCCGGUAAUCGUGCAGGCAGGCCAGAGCGAGCCAGGACGACAACUGGCGGCCGAGACUGCAGAGGCGGUGUUUUGUUCACCGCGCGAUUUAGAGGGUGCAAAGGCGCUGUAUAGGGAUAUCAAGGAGCGCGCCGAGGCUGCAGGGCGAAACAGGGAUCACAUCAAGAUCCUGCCUGCGGCAUUCGUCCUGGUUGGUGACAGCGUUGAGGAGGCAAAGAGGAAACGGCUCGAGCUGGAUAGCCUAGUGCAUUAUGACAGCGCCAUCGCGUCGCUGUCAAUCGCCCUCGGCGCCGAUGCGUCAGGGUUCGACCAGGACGGUCCAUUGCCGGUGGACCUACCUGAGACGAAUGCGAGCAAGACAUCUCGCGCAGGUGUUGUCAAGCUGGCAGAGGAUGAGAAGCUGACUGUGAGGCAGCUGGCGCAGCGGCUGGGCGGGUACUCGGGGCUUGCCUUUGUCGGGACACCGGCGAGCAUUGCAGAUGAGAUGGAGACCUGGCUGAUGGAGGAGGGUGCCGAUGGGUUCACGGUUGUCUUUCCUUUCCUGCCUCAGGGGCUGGAUGAUGUGACGCAGAAGGUGGUGCCCGAGUUGCAGAGGAGGGGGAUCUUCCGGAAAGAUUAUACGGGCAACACGCUCAGGGAGCAUUUAGGGUCUGAAGAUAACCCUAAUCCGGACCUGAGCUGUGGACGACAACGGUCAAUGGAUCAGACUGGAGAUAACAGUGGGUCAAAUUCAUACGAUAUCGAUGACAAUGAACAUGUACAUGAUAAUGAUAAGACCGGCUAUCAAUCAACUAACUGGAAUUAUAGAAAGCUCUACCAACCAUUUCAAUGCCUCAUCUGCCAGAGUCGCUUCACCCGCCACGAGAAUCUCAAACGCCAUGCCCUCCUCCAUACCCGCUCCCACGACGAACUCCAGCUGUCCUGCGACUUCUGUACCGCGACCUUCUCGCGCCCAGACCUGAGGAAGCGGCAUAUGAAGAGAAGACACCCCGAACAUGAGGCCAGACGGGCGAAGAAGAGGGUUCAGCGGGGGGAGUCGACGAGACAAUGGAGCGAGGGGGACGGGAGGGAUUCCGUCUCGCCAGAAGGGAGCCAUGACGGCCGUUCCCAGCAGGCAGUAAACAAUCAGACUAGAGGGAGUGCAAGUCCUUGGGGGGAUAGACGGUCGCCGAACAUAUCAGACCUGAUACAGCAGGCCUUGGAGGAGCCGCGAGGCGAUAGGAUCGGGCAGGAAGUGGUGGAUCUGCAGAUGCUGCUGGAUACCGGGCAAAUAUUCAGGCCACCAGAGAACAUCGAGCAACACUUGUCAGGCUUUACUUCCUCGGCCAGCCUCGAAGACGGCAGCUGGAGACCCUCGCCGUCACAGAUCUCGACCGGCUGCGCUCUCUUCUUUGCUCAUGUCUCGCACUUUGUCCCUUUCCUCCAUCAACCCACUUUUGACGCCGACCAGACACCCCUCCAUCUGUUGCUGAGCAUGCUAUCUCUCGCCUUCCAGUACGGCUCCGAUCCAGACUCGGACACGCAAGCCCCAGACUCUGGCGCUCUUCUCUCAGCCCGCUGCUUCCACCGCGCCCGCGCCCUUCUGACCAGUUCCAGCACCGCAGGCCCUCUCUCAACCGUCCAAUCCUACCUCCUCCUCCAGAUAGCCUCGAUGAUGUACCUCUGCUCGGAAUCCCACCACACGCUUCAGAUGCACUCGGCCAGUAUCUCCCUUGCCCGCACCUCAGGUCUCAUGCAACGAACAGCUCUCGAAACGUCGACGUCUACAUCGCUCACCACCCUCUGGCACGCAUUCGUGUCUGCAGAGUCCCAUAAACGCACCCUCUUCGCCCUCCACCAGAUUGACGCUCUCUGGUACCAGUUCCUCUCCGUGCCGCGCUCCAUCUCGCAUCUUGAGAUCAAGCACGAUCUCCCAUGUCCGAGGGAGCAGUGGGUUGCGGCCUCGGCAGAGGAGUGGGCGCAUGGGCAGCUCAUCCGGGGACAGACGGGGCCACAGUCGCUCCAGUACGUUGACGCAGUUCGACGGUUCCUUUCCCAAGAGUCCCUGCUCAGCCUCCCGGUAUUCGACCCUUAUGGCGCAAUCAAUAUCGCGCAAUUUCUCAUCUCCUCUGCGCGCGAGAUUUCCGGCUGGUCGACGAUGACAGGGAUGCUAAGUAUCGACCGCUUCGGAGCGCUACGGUCGUCGCUUGAGACGCUGCACCCGUUCAUCUGCCCAGCCCAUCCGUCUCUGUCCCCAGUCUCAUCAAGCGCCCCUCCAGCGCAGGAUGCUUUAUGCCCCGCUACCUGGCAGACGGCCAUGCUCGAGCUCCAGAUCUGGUCGCCGGCUCAUACAUCAGGCAUAAUCCAGACGUCGAUAAGCUCGCUCCUGGAACACAGUACACAGAUCCACCUCUCCCCGUCGCCGCAGAUUCUGUGCGAAGAAAUAACGGCUCAGGCUAUCAAGCCACAUAUUGACUGGUUCUUGACCUAUCUGGAAAACACAGUUGAUGCUGAGGGAGAGGCACCCUGGGUGGUGGUGUAUGCAUACAAGGCGUUCCUCAUUGCGUGGCAGCUUGUUCGAGGGGGCGUCGAGGGGGCGAUGAGGGUUGUUGGGGUGCAUGAUGGGGAUGUCAUAGGCGCAAUGGAGUGGGCAAGAGUCGUUUUUGCUCGGCGGAAGAGGUGGGAGGUUGGACGCUUAGUUAUGGGGUGUUUGGAUAGGUUAGCUACGGAUAUCAAUACAUGA